ACUUAAUUAGACGUAAUAGCAUCAACAAAUGCUUGAAAGUGCCGGUGGCGGACUUCUUUAGUUCUGUCUGUAUCGAUGAAGAGAACGGUGCAAAUUUCAUAUCUAUCUUUCUUUCAAGCGUCCACAUAUAAUUAUUAAAACUUUCAGAUAUUUUUAAGUUCAUUAGUAGUUUGCACUUAUGAUCGGGACGUUAAACACAUAAGAAACUAAGUAGACAUGGCGACAAAAAUGAAAAUCAAUGAGCACGAUCGCAUCAUGAUGAAGCAGGACAGUCAAGUUAAUGACAAAGAAUGUUCCUCUGGAACGAAGAUCAAACGGAAAUCCAGAUCUGCCAGAAGACGCUUGAAUGCUAUGAUGAGUAACGCAUCGUUGCACUUCUCCGACACAGAUUCUGAAGGCGAGUUAACGAUGAUCACCAGCAAAAUCGACAAACUUAACUCUUCGCAAACUUCGCAAGCGAAUCCGUUAAUCUCUGUGACCAAUGCAGAGAUCAUCGAGUCUGACAUGAAGAUCAAUGACGAUUUAGAUUAUCUUAUAGCCGACGGUGAAGCCAGAUCCCGAUCACGUCGUAGCAGCUUCGCGGAAAAUCUCACCGACGUCGAUGAGAUCUAUAGCGACGAGGUCGAUGAGAAAGAUAUUAGCAACUUAAACGUAAUUGAUAACGAUGAUCAAGGGGAAACAGAUUUAGAAGACAUGGAGGGCGACGAGGAUAUUCAACCGACAAUUUAUGUUACUCCGAGAUCGGACAUCCUGAUUGAAUUUGGCGGUGAAAUGAUCAUGACCAAGGAAGGCGAUGGACCGUUCUCUGUAGAAGUGCGAAACCGUUUAUCGCGAGAAGAGGUUUCCAUCGAUAAAGAGGAUACUAAGAACGUACCGGAUAUGCCAAACACCGAUAGUGAAGACAUGGAAGGGUCCGAAGAUGAAUCUAAGAUAGAUGAAGCAGCUGCUUACAAUCACGUGUAUGAAAAUUUCGAUAUCUUGGCCGCAUCACAGAUUGUUAUGACCAACAAAACGGAAAACAACCUAUACGUUCCGGAUGCCGCUGAAGAGACUAUCAGCGAUUGCCAUACUGAUGUCGAAGAUGUUGAUUAAAUAAAAAGAUGAAAGAAAAGAUGGAUUAAGAAAAAUUAUUUGAGGCAUGCGAAAUAGUACAGUUCUUGGAAUGAAGACCAAGAGCAAUUUCCAUGAUCUUUUUGAUUAUGCUUAACAAGAAUUACUGUAGCAUUAUCAUAAAUACUAGGAUAACAUUAUUAUAAAUAA